AUGUCAACGUUCGAUUAUGAAUCGAUCAAUAAAACUAUAACAACUGGUGCUAUCGUUGCACUUGUUGUUAGUACAGUUUUUGGCUUCAUUCUAUGUAUCGGGACUAUCAUCAUAAUUGUUUGUUUAAUCAAACGUUGCAAUCAAUCGUCACGUUCGAGAGUUCAUGAAGCAGUUCUACACCAGCCUUUUCAUUAUUCUAAUUAUUCGUUGCCUCAAAAUUCAUUCAAUACAACUAGUACUACUGAUCAUCCACCGGUAUACCUUUCAGCUCCACCACCCUAUCAAAUAGCUCUUCUAUCGAAUAAUGUUCCUAAUUCAGGCUUCAUGAAACCUCCAUACCGAUAA